AUGUACGACUAUCUCAUUGUAGGGGCCGGCCCUUCGGGGCUGUGUGCCGCAAGGACCAUUCUCCAGUGUGAGCCUGUCGCUAAAGUCAAGAUCCUUGAUUCAAACAAAACGGUGGGAGGAGUAUGGGCCGAAGAGAACCUGUACCCAGGGCUCAAGACCAACAAUGUCCGCGGCGGGAUUGACUAUUCCGAUUUCCCCAUGGAUGAUGCCUUUGGCAUUCCGGAGGGCCAACAUCCAACAGGGGAGGCGGUGCAUCAGUACAUACGAGCGUACGCCGAACGGUCGGAUCUCUUACGACUCAUCGAUUUCGAGACUAAGGUCCUCGAGAUCUCACGACUAGGCCUCCAGAAGGGUUGGACUCUCAAAGUCAGCAAUGGUACAAUGGGCGAGGUCCAGACCGAGAAGUUGAUCAUUGCAACUGGGGCUACGAAUGUACCUCAUCGACCCAGGAUCCAGGGCAUAGAGACCUUCAAUGGACCCGUAAUCCACUCCGGCGAGCUGGGAAAGCAGAGCGAGUCCCUGACCAAAGAUGCGUCGGUACAGACCAUUGCCGUUCUUGGAGGCGGCAAAUCCGCCUACGACGCAGUCUAUCUCGCUGCAACGGCCGGUCGCAAAGUCGAAUGGAUCAUCCGCAAGUCAGGGAAAGGGCCCGAGUGGAUUUUCCCCAGCCAUACCUAUCUCGGACCCUUCAAGGCUCUACGAGAAAAGCUUCCCGGUCGGAGAAUUGUAUCGGUGUUCAGUCCGACUCUAUGGAAGGAUGGAAUGGGUACGCUGAGGUAUUUCCUGCAUUUCACAUCGCUAGGCAAGAAAAUCGCACAGAAGUUCUGGGCAAAUCUCCAUCAAGCGACGUUGGGCGACUGUGGCAUGUUGAAGCACGAAGCGACGAAAGUGCUGGAGCCGGAAACAGGUCCCUUCUGGUACGGCACAGCAUCGGGAGUGCUAAGCUACGAGAAAGACAUCUACGACUUCCUCAAGAGCGGACAAGUACGUGUGCACCGAGAAGACAUCUCGCACCUCUCGGAGCGAACCAUCCACUUCAUAGACGAGACCACCAUCCACGCGGACGCCCUGAUCACCGCCACCGGCUUCUCCGCCAAACCCACCCUCCAAUUCACACCUGCCAGCACACACUCCGACCUGGGCAUCCCGUCGACCUCCCUCUCCCCGGAACAACACACCUUCUGGGACUCUCUAAACAGCCGCGCGGACCACACAAUCAACGAGCACUUCCCGCGCCUCCUCAUCGGCCCGCAUAAAUCCCCAUCCUCCAACGUCCCCCUUGCCAGCGCACACCCCUACUCGCCGACCCUCUACCCAGAGCUGAAUUACACUCCGUUCCGGCUCUACCGGGCCAUCGCGCCGCCGGGCCCAACGCGCGAGAACGACCACUCCCUCGUCUUCAUCAGCAUGUUCUCCAACCUCGCGAACACGCCGCGCUGCGAGAUCCAAUGCCUCUGGGCAUACGCGUAUUUGAACAACAAGCUGAGCAUCGACAGCGAAACGGUCUUCGACGAAGCGGCUCUCACGAAUCGAUAUGUGCGACACCGUGCGCCGUAUGGUCACGGACGGUUUUUCCCGGACUUGGUGUUCGACCAGUUGCCGUAUUUCGAUACCCUGUUGCAGGAUCUGGGGCUCAGGUAUUGGCGGAAAGGGUGGUUGGGCGCCGAGCUUUUCAGCGCAUACACGGCACGGGACUAUAGAGGGAUCACGGGGGAGUGGUUGGCGAGGAAUAGAGAUCUCACGGCGAAGGAAGCGUCUGAUGAGGCGGCUGUGGAGGCGCGUAAUGGCGAGACGCGGCCUUUGCUUGCCGCUGAUAAGUGA